AUGGCGGACGAGACGGAAGUAGAAACCGUGACGCGCAUUCAUGCAGUGGAUAUUCGUGACUUGUAUCCCCAUUUCGCUCCAGAAGAUGCAACAUCGCGUAUGUGUCUUUUGUGUACUGCGAAACUCAAGGACAAGACACACAAUCUCACGCGUCAUUUGGAACGACAUCAUGCUGGUGCAUUGUUGCAGCUACUGGAGCAACGUAAUCAAGCAUCACCAAGUCUAUUAGCUUCAAGAACGAGACGUACACAACAGGAGAAAACAGCAGCAGUGAAACAACCCAUGAUGGCACAAGUAGAGGAUCCUGUGUGCCGGACUGGAGAUGCUAAACUAACAUUAGCUCGAUGGCUUGCUCAGGAACAGCUUCCAGUUGAUGUAGUUCAUACAUCUGGCUUUCGAGAGUUUCUUGAGGCUCUUAAUGGACACUUUAGUCCACCAAAGAGAGAAGAAUUGCAAUACGUGCUGGGAACGUUGAUGACAAGCACGGAUGACAGCAUCACAACUAGUCUUGAUGAUGAUACGAAAGGAAUUACAAGCAGUCAUAGUAAUCACGUGAGAUCCAUGGUAGAAAUGAUUGCAUUGAGAGCUACCUGUCGCUGCAGUGAAGAUACACCAUUGGUCUCGUGUCGUCGUGUUGCUUGUGACAUUGCCGGAAAAGGUGAAGCUAAAGUGCGCAUUUUACGCGCAGCAGCAUCGCUCUUUGAUGCACAGACGUGUCGUGGAAAAAUACUGGGCAGGAGUGGAGUGUUGGGCAGGUCUUUUGUCGGUAUCGUGAGUGAAAUGCAGCCGUCAGUCUUUCACCAGUCCGAGCUCACGGCUGCAGAUUCUAUCAAAGUUUCUGACAAGGUCGUGGCGUCACCGUAUAUUAAGCGUACGCCUUUCGUUCAACACAUAACGCGAGUAAACGAGCAGCAGCAGGAGCAUCAGGCCGAGUCGUCUCUCUAUAGACCAGAGUUUUGCAGCAAUGCUUCAUGUGUAGUCGGUGUAAGUGCUUCUAGUGGAACACUUGCCGAAUACAUUGUGAUGCCAAUGGCAAAUCUAUCCAUUGUCCCUCCCACGAUCCCCGAUGAUUUGGCACUUUUGGCUGACGACAUAUCUGUCGUUCUCUCGAUCGUCAGUGAGCUGCAGCGACGACACGUGGCCAACAUCGCGAUCCUAUCUGACGGACCAGGGACUAUUCUCUCCAACUUACUAACGCGACUGCUGCACCAAGACGUGCAGUUCCCAGCUCAGAACCUGUACGUGUUCUCUACGUCUCCAACUAGCAGCAGCUCCGUAUGGUUGCAGCACGCCUCUCUGACUCCUCUAGAUAUUUAUCAGCCCGCUGCUGUGGCUCAAGUGCUGGCGCAACAGACAACGCUGGCACUGGACGCUGUUGUAGACCUCAUUGGUUCCGAAGCUUCUGGUGAGCUUGCAACGUCGCUAGUGCAGUCCAUGGGCUGCGUGGUGUUUGUAGACAGGUCACGGCUAGACUUGCAGCCGCCAUGGACUAUCGCCAUGGACAUGAACGCUCUGGUUGUGAGGGAGCUUGAAGUUGUGAGCGUUCACGACUGUCACAGUUACUUGGAUGAAGCACUGCAGUACUUGGCAACACAGGCUGCAGAUCAGCAGAGUGCAAUGGAGCUACGCAAGUGUCUAUUGUCUAGCGUAGAUCUCUCUCAGGCGCUCCAUCAGCUCCAGGCAAUUCCAGAGCAAACGCUUGAAGCGCGGUAUCUUCAAGUAAAACAAUGA